AUGAAGGAUGACGGACAGACGAGCCAGCAACAAGCAACGACCGUGGACUCAAAGGCACUGACAGCGUCAGAAUGCGCCCAUGAAAACGCGGGACCAACGAGUCGUCAGCGUCAGAAUGCGCCCAUGAAAACGCGGGACCAACGAGUCGUCAGGUGCGUCACAAGUGCGAACAAAGAAGGACAAGCAAGAAAACAACAAGCAACGACCGUGGACUCAGAGGCACUGACAGCGUCAGAAUGCGCCCAUGAAAACGCGGGGACCAACGAGUCGUCAGGUACGUCACAAGUGCGAACAGAGGAAAGCAGGGACGGACAAGCGAGAAAGCAACAAGCAACGACCGUGAACUCAGAGGCACUGACAGCGUCAGAAUGCGCCCAUGAAAACGCGGGACCAACGAGUCGUCAGUCACAAGUGCGAACAGAGGACAAGCAGGACGGACAAGCGAGAAAGCAACAAGCAACGACCGUGAACUCAGAGGCACUGACAGCGUCAGAAUGCGCCCAUGAAAACGCGGGACCAACGAGUCGUCAGGUGCGUCACAAGUGCGAACAAGCAAGAAAACAACAAGCAACGACCGUGGACUCAGAGGCACUGACAGCGUCAGAAUGCGCCCAUGAAAACGCGGGACCAACGAGUCGUCAGAGGACAAGCAGGGACGGACAAGCGAGAAAGCAACAAGCAACGACCGUGAACUCAGAGGCACUGACAGCGUCAGAAUGCGCCCAUGAAAACGCGGGACCAACGAGUCGUCAGAACUCAGACGAAUAUUUGAACUACGCAUCACUUGACGGUCUCACGCCACAUCGGCAUUCCGGCAUUCUCAAUAAUAUUCAACACAUGGGACACGCAACGCCACGACCAACCACGUACCCCGAAAACACCGGGCCACACGCUAACGGCAACAACAACGAUGACAAACUUGCCAUUGUCGAGGCGAACAAAGGGCGGAAGAAUCAAUUUGCUGCUUCAUGGGACACGCAUUUUCUGUCUGGAGCCUCCCUGUGCUGCGUGUCCCAGGCAAGAGUCAAGUGUUUCGCGUUCAUGGGACACACAGCUCUCGCUUAUAUGAUGGUGUUCCAUAAGCGUACAAACAGUGCCUUGCUUGUUUCCUGCCCUCCACCACUGAUAACGGUCAUGACCAAAUGCCCAAAUACUUCGUCCUCCUGCGGGACGUGUUGCAUACCACCAUGGGACGAAGACGAAUUGUGGCACCCAGUUUGGACCGAGAUAGUCAGAGUGGUAAGGUUCGGGGAAGGGGUUAUACGCCGCAUAGGUAUCCCCAAGCCCACCAAUCAACUCACUGCUCACUCACAUACCCGUGCACACCAUCCCUGCGCCUGCGCCCAUCUCCGCACUCAUUCUGUGGGAGGCAAAAUUUCUUUGCAUCUCUUCACUACGACUUAUGCCGGCUGUCUUUCCCUUGCACUGAGAAAUGUGAAAAGAGAAAGAAUGAGAGAACAAGAGAAAGAACGAAAGAAAGAAAUGUGA